AUGACGGAAUGCUAUGAUACCCUUGGCAAUCAGGACGCGACUCUAUAUCCGUGUUCAGAUGACGGAAAUCCCUCACAGUGCUGCUCUCUGGGAAUGUUAUGUGCCGGCAACGGAUUAUGUGUCGCCAACAGGACCCAGGCUGAAGACACGAUCACCCCCUAUUUCAUAAACGGCUGCACAGUACAAGACUGGAUAGAUGGAGGCGUCGAUACUUGCCCGACCCAGUGUUUAGAGGGUGGAGGAGUUGGUGUUCAGCCAUGCGAUCAAGGAACGUUCUGUUGUUAUGGAUUCGGCGGCUGCUCCUGCAGUAACUCGACGGAGGUUUUCUCUCUCGGCGCCGUCAGCAUCGUCGCCACUAUCACCGGGGACCCCACGACUACAACUACCUCCACCACAACUUCUACAUCAACGUCUCCCAGCACAUCCUCCAGCACGACACCAACUCCUACCGACGAUGGCAGCUCAGACAGUGGCUCAUCAAGCAACAAUCUCGGCGUAGGCCUUGGCGUCGGCCUGGGUGUCGGUAUCCCACUGGUGAUUGGUAUUAUCGUUGGAGUAUUCUUGCUUCUGCGCAAACGGCGCAAGGCCGCAGGGGCGGCAUAUGGGGAGCAAAAGGCUCCGGCUGGUUACCAGGCGCCCGGGACUCAAGUGGCGAGUGACGCUGGUUACUCCCAGUCCCACCCAGGCUCAGACGGUGUCUAUCAAAAUGGAGCAGGAUACUACAAGCCACAGACAUACACUGACCAACACGUUACACACGAGCUACCUGCCCGUCAAGAGCCGCAAGAGCUUCAAUGA